AUAACAGCUGUGAAAAGAAAUGCGUAAAACGAAACAAAAUUUGCAUCACCGUCAAUCAAAACGCCGAAAAAUCGAUUUUGUUUAGAAUAAAUUCAAAAAUUGAACCAUUGAUUAGAUAUUUUGCUUUAUUCAAAACCAACAUAAAAUGAAUUAUAACGCAAACAAAAAAUUACCUAGACAAAACUCUUCAUCAUCAGCUGGCACACCUGGCCAUGGACAAGGACAGGCACAAGCACAAGGACACAACGAGAACCCACAACAACCCAUCCAAGUCCACAACGAUGAUCUGAUUUCUGAAAUUUCAGACAUUAUGAGAAGUUUUGGUGACUGUGAUCAACCUAGAGAAGAAAGUGUUAAACUUGUUGAACAAAUUCUUCAACAGCAAUUGCGUGGAAUAUUCCAUGAAGCAACAAUAAUUUCUAUGCGCCGUAAAAAUGCUGCUUGCCCUUCGCAAGCCGACUUUGAAUUCUUGAUGCGAAAUCAUCCGGUGAAAAUUGCUCGGAUGCGUAAACAUUUAAAAGAUAUGAGGAUAUUAAAGAAAUUUCUCAGUAUUCGCACUCGUCGGCCACAGGAUUCAUUGGAGGAGUUCGAGAGUCAAGAGUCUGAAGACGAACUUAGCAUAGAAAUCCCGGAAAAAUUCGAUGAGGAACGAACAAGACGCUUAUUCCGGGCCGACCGUAUAUCCCAGAUUCUUACCGGCCAGCAAUACCACGAGUUUAAUGAGGCACGUAAAACGUCUUUCUAUUGUCGCCAUGGAGAAAAAAUCAAAAACAAAUUCCACAAGUUUUUAGACCUUCCCCAAAAUUUGACUAUCUCAAAUACUUGUAUGAAUAUAUUGGCAUAUUUUUCACAUGAAACCAUAGCUGUUAUCGUUGAUUAUGCUAUCUUAACACGUUUAAAUUCGAACAAUCGUGUCACUGAGCCGUACAGUAGGGUUACUUCAACCGGAGCAUCGUCAGCAAUGCUUCACAUUUGUCCAGAGGUUAGUCAGGGACGUGGGCAAGAAGCUGUUAAGCCGAUAACAGUACAGGAAAUCAACGAGGGUAUACGAAGACAUCGGCAGAUGACUUCAAAGAAAAUUGGCUUUUAUAGAAGUACAAUUGACUGCGAUUUUAAGCGAUCUUUUUUAGCCAUUUAAUAGAAGAUUCAUUUAAUUUAAGAUUUCAACAUAAACAAAAUAAAAUAAGUAUAAUAACCAUA